AUGGAUUAUGCUUCGGUAUCAUCAACAUUGGCAUCAUCUAACAGAGCUAUAAAAAAAAUAGAUUGCCCAUCCGAAUACAAUUUCGGGGAUUAUAGGAUUGUUGAGAUAUUGGGUUCUUGUAAUGGCUUGGUUUACUUAGGCAGUAACACCACCCAAGAAACCUCCUUGGAAAUUAUUGUGGCAUUCGAUAUUAGCACAGAAAGAAUUGUAGAUCUUCCAUUACCAGAAGAUGCUCUGGCACAUCGUAACGGCAGACUAUGUCAUAAAAGUUUAGCAGUGUUGGGUGACAAUCUUUGUUUAUUAAAUGUUGAUGAUUUGGGUUCCCUAGCAGAAAUAUGGGUGAUGCUAGAAUAUGGAGUUAGAGUAUCUUGGACUAAACGAUAUUCGAUUAGCCUACAAACUCUUGAUUUUGAGUCUUAUUUGAAGUUAAUACUGUCUUUUGAAAAUGGUGAGACUUUGAUGGCUACCGACGAGGAAUUUGUUAUAUAUGACCCACUGAAGAAAUUAAGAAGCUUGAAUGCCCAUACUACGACUGAGAUUCCAAAUAAAGCAAAGAGAUAUGUACAGAGUCUGGUUUCUCCCAACUUGGGGAAAAGCUAA